AGAAAAAGAAAAAAAUCCUAGAGAACCAGACAGAGGCAGAGCCCGAGAGGCCAAUCGGGCAUUGAUAAGUAGAACCCAGACACACCCACUUCGCGUUCUCUAGAACACUCAUCUCUGUUUCUCUUCAGAGUUUUGAUUAUCUUUCUGCUUCCAAUUUAACGGAAGAAACACAAAAAAGGUUGAUGGGCUGUUUGUCAGAGGUAAUGGAGCCUAGAAUUGACUUUCUGCAAUGGGUUGAAAAGGAUGUGAUCGUGGAGAUCAUGCUGAGUUUAUGUGAUCCAGCUGAUGUGGUGCAUGCUGGAGCUGUGUCACGCGUCUGGCGUCAUUGUAUGAUCGAAAAUGGAAUUUCCAAGCAAUUGUGCUUAAGAAAGUUUCCCCAGCUUUCCGGUGUUGCAUGCAUAGUCGAAGAAGGUUGCAGAACAAAUGAAUCAUCUGUUGUUGGAUCUAGCAAUUCUGACUUUGAGACUCUAAGGAGAGACCAUAGGGUUUAUGCUUCUCUACUUCAAGCUCUUGAGACACUAGCAUUAUCUCCAACUGAUUGUAUUGAGUAUGCAAUCGGGGCUUCGAGUACAGACAAUUAUCCUCUUGAAAGUAUUGCCAAUACUCUAUAUCCAAGGGAAAGAUAUCUGAAUAGAGCUUCAUACUGGUCCAGUAAAGGACAGCGUAAGCCUGAUGUGCCUGAGACUCUUAUAUACAGAUUAAAAGCUGAUUUUGCCGUUGUGACUGAAAUUAAAAUACAACCCUUUGAAGCCUAUUUUCAACCGGGCAAACCCAUAUACUCGGCAAAAUCUGUACGAUUUCGAAUGGGCCAUCCCAAAUCUUCAAAAGAAAUAGACUGUCUGGACGUACCCACGGACCAACCAGCUGAUGAUAAGUUUGUAUGGACCUAUACAUCAGAAGAAUUCCCAAUGUCCCAGGAGAACCGCAUGCAGGCAUUCCAGCUGCCGGAACCAGUUCUUUGCAUUGGUGGGUAUCUGCAGAUUGAGCUCCUAGGCAGAGUUCAGAGGCAAGAAAUUGAUGACUUAUUUUAUAUAUGUGUGUGCCAUGUUAAAGUUCUGGGCCGACCCCUCAGCCCCGCAUUUGAAAUAGAGAUGCUCGAACAAUCUGGAAAAUUCUCUAUGGUCUACAGCCCGGAAGUGUUGAAGCCCAUGUUGCAAUCCUUGGGCGAGGGUGAAGAUCACGAGGCCUCCUCGAGGCUGUCUGAGCAAGAGGUGAGACAUAUCGGUUUCUUGGGGUAUUUGUUGGGUGGCAACCAACCAGUCGGUGAACUCCUGGAGUGGGAGGACGACGAGGAGAUGGAUGCAGCUUUGGCGUUGUGAUUUAUAAUAUGUGAUUUUAUAUUUUUCGUGCCUUCUGCAUUUGUUUUCUUUGUGCUAGCAACCACAUGGAAGGCUGUGGAAUCCUAUGUGCACUCAAAAACCAACACUAACAAUGUGUAAAAUUAGGAAUUUUGUGAUGCUUCAAGGGGGUUAGUGUCUUAGAUGAAUGAAAACUUGUUAGUUAGGAUUCUUCUGCCCUUUUUAUACAGUAUUAUGAGUAAUGCACCAAGUAACUUACCAAA